AUGCGUGGCAUCAAGAAAUCACGUCACGGCUGUGCAACCUGCAAGAGUAAAAGGUUGAAAUGCGACGAGUCCCGGCCAGCCUGUGGACGCUGUACCCGGCUAAGAAUCAAGUGUCCCGGCUAUACGCAGCCGUUCCGCUGGGUCACGAAACAUGAAGUCUUUGAAGCCGCAAAUACCAGAACACCAUCCAAAGAUGGCGCUUCGAGUCCCCAAGAUGAUGCGCUGGCUGCUAGUCCUGGAGAUAUCUCAGCCAGCGUGCCGAAUACCAACGCUGGGUCACCGCCGACCUCGGCAUACGCAGGAAGUGCGGCAACAUCGCUGGAUGCGUGGGAUCAAUCGCUGGAUAUUGAGCAUUUGGACCAUCAAUUCAGCACGACUCUGCCAGAACUGGAACAUCUAGACGCGCCGUCAGUCGCGACAAGGUCGACUGUCGGUCUGGAGGAAUUUCAUCAUCCGUCAAGCUCCAAUAUCACUCGACGGAGACCGAGUACACCGACUGAAUACAAUCAAUUAAUGCGCAGCGAUAAUUUAUCGCCCUACGGCCGUCCUUCAUCUUCAUUUUUCAGACGCCAGUUCCCCAUCGACUUGCAGUCGCAAGCCGGCGGUCAGUUCAAUAUUCUCCCACUCCCCCGCAAAACGUUGGAAGACCCGUCGUCGACUCUGGUCGAGUACUAUUUCAAAGAAGUCGCCGGACUAUUCUCAAGUUAUGACAGUCACAUGAACCCGUUUCGAACGACGGUAUCCCGUCUGUGGGCAUCCUCGCCGGCUAUGUGCCGAACAUUACAGAGCAUGGCAGCCGCAACGCUGGUAGAUGAUUUCCCGCAGUUUGGUCCCAUAGGACUCAAGAUGCGCAGGGAAGCUAUCUCACUACUAGAGAGUCAAGAGACUCAUGACGACAAAUCGCUACUUGCCAUGCUGAUGCUCGGUCAGACGGCAAGCUGGCAUAAUCCAAAGGAUCUUGGUAUAUCCUAUUUCAACACUCUGCGCAACCAUCUGAAUUCUCUUACGAGCGGGAUUAACAGUGGAUCACUUCUGACUAAUCGCAACAACUAUCAAUUCUUCGAAGAGGCGCUGAUAUACUGGGAGAUGCUGCUAUCGUAUGUAGCAGACAACAGCACAUUAACUUCAUCUGCAAGGAUGGAUCCUCAAUCAGGAAGUGAUCAACAACUCUUGACGCAGAAAGUACCCCAUCCAUGGACGGGGAUCGCGCGCGAUACACAAUUUAUCGUGAACAAAGUUGGCCGACUUGUUCGACGAGAACGCAAGCGUAUUCGCGCAAAACGCUUUACAUCGCAGAGAGAUAUUGCACAGGCGCAGCAAGCAAUUCGAGAAGCACAGGAGCUGGAAGAAAGACUGCUAAGUCUGGCACAUCCGGCAGAGACGGAGGUCGUGAAUCCUGGAGACGACGAUACCCCUGUAUGGCAUCUGAUUACCAUGGCUGAAGUUUACCGACAUACGGGACUUCUUCAACUAUAUCGAGUUUUCCCGGAUCUUCUACGCGGUCGAUUACAGGCUGAGAGCAUAUCUCGAGGCGAUAUGCCGAGUACGCUUGAUCCAAACUUACUUUAUCCGUCAGAGGACGCAGCAAACAGUACUACUUUUUCUUUUGAUAUCUUCAGCAACUUGGACGAUCCACAAAGAGAUAACGGCGCGGAGAGUAAUGGGGGCGACCUGCCAGAGGAGGUGAAAUCGGAAUGGCUGACUACCAUCGCCCUGACGGCCAUGUCUCGCCUCAAGACCGUUCCGCUAGAGUCACGAACAAGAUGUCUACAGCCUUUCUUACUGGUAGCAUCAUCAAGCGAACUUCGAUUGCCGGCCACGGACCUACCAGUCAUGGAUCCUAGUGGCGAUGACUACUCGCUAAACCUGUCCGCGCAUGCUAUUGAAGUCUCUCGAACACGCAAGUUCAUUCUCGGCCGCUUGACUUCAUUUCUGCAUGUCCUCCCGCCCAAACCCAUCCAUAUCUGCGUAGAUCUGGUGCAAGAAGUAUGGCGAAGAAUGGAUGCCAGUGAGGCAGACGUAUACUGGAUGGACGUUAUGAUAGACAACGGAUGGGAGACCACCAUGGGUUGA